GAGAUGAGGAGAUAGGCGGGAGCGAGGGAGGGAGCGAAGGAGGUAGAGAGGAGUGGAGGAGCGUAGGGAGGGAGCGCAGCUUGGUUGCUCCGUAGUACGGCGGCUCGCGAGGGAGACUCCCGAGCGGGCUCCGGGACGGGCGGGCAGGCGGGCGGGGAUGGUGUGCGGGGCUGCGGCUCCUGCGUCCCUCCCAACAGCGUGUGAGCUGCACUGAUUUGUGCCUGGGGCGGCAGCGCGGACCCGCCCGGAGAUGAGGCCCCAAUUAGCAAGGCAAAAGUAACAGAACCAUGGCUCAGUUUCCAACACCUUUUGGUGGCAGCCUGGAUAUCUGGGCCAUAACUGUUGAGGAAAGAGCGAAGCAUGAUCAGCAGUUCCAUAGUUUAAAGCCGAUAUCUGGAUUUAUUACUGGUGAUCAAGCAAGGAACUUUUUUUUUCAAUCUGGAUUACCUCAGCCUGUUUUAGCACAGAUAUGGGCACUAGCUGACAUGAAUAAUGAUGGAAGAAUGGAUCAAGUGGAGUUUUCCAUAGCUAUGAAGCUUAUCAAACUGAAGCUUCAAGGAUAUCAGCUCCCCUCUGCACUUCCCCCUGUGAUGAAACAGCAACCAGUUGCUAUUUCUAGUGCACCAGCAUUUGGUAUAGGAGGUAUCGCCAGCAUGCCACCGCUUACUGCUGUUGCUCCAGUGCCAAUGGGAUCCAUCCCAGUUGUUGGAAUGUCUCCACCCUUAGUAUCUUCUGUUCCUCCAACAGCAGUGCCUCCCCUAGCUAACGGGGCUCCCCCUGUCAUACAGCCUCUGCCUGCAUUUGCUCAUCCUGCAGCCACAUUGCCAAAGAGUUCUUCCUUCAGUAGAUCUGGUCCAGGAUCACAGUUAAGCACUAAAUUACAGAAGGCACAAUCAUUUGAUGUGGCCAGUGUCCCUCCAGCAGCAGAAUGGGCUGUUCCUCAGUCAUCGAGAUUGAAAUACAGGCAGUUAUUCAAUAGUCAUGACAAAACUAUGAGUGGACACUUAACAGGUCCCCAAGCAAGAACUAUUCUUAUGCAAUCGAGUUUACCACAGGCUCAGCUGGCUUCAAUAUGGAAUCUUUCUGACAUUGAUCAAGAUGGAAAACUCACAGCAGAAGAAUUUAUCCUGGCUAUGCACCUAAUUGAUGUUGCUAUGUCUGGCCAACCACUGCCACCUGUCCUGCCUCCAGAAUACAUUCCACCUUCCUUUAGAAGAGUUCGAUCAGGCAGUGGAAUAUCUGUUAUAAGCUCAACAUCUGUAGAUCAGAGGUUACCAGAGGAACCAGCUUUAGAAGAUGAACAGCAACAAUUAGAAAAGAAAUUACCUGUAACAUUUGAAGAUAAGAAGCGGGAAAAUUUUGAACGUGGCAAUCUAGAACUGGAGAAACGCAGACAAGCUCUCUUGGAACAGCAGCGCAAAGAGCAAGAACGCUUGGCUCAGCUGGAACGGGCCGAGCAGGAGAGGAAAGAGCGGGAGCGCCAGGAGCAAGAGCGCAAAAGACAACUGGAGCUGGAGAAGCAACUGGAAAAGCAACGGGAACUGGAACGGCAGAGAGAGGAGGAGAGGAGGAAAGAGAUUGAGAGGCGAGAGGCUGCGAAACGGGAACUUGAGAGACAACGACAACUUGAAUGGGAACGGAACCGAAGGCAAGAACUUUUAAAUCAAAGAAAUAAAGAACAAGAGGACAUAGUUGUAUUGAAAGCAAAGAAAAAGACUUUGGAAUUUGAAUUAGAAGCUCUAAAUGAUAAAAAGCAUCAGUUAGAAGGAAAACUUCAAGAUAUCAGAUGUCGAUUAACCACCCAAAGGCAAGAAAUUGAGAGUACAAACAAAUCUAGAGAGUUGAGAAUUGCUGAAAUCACCCAUUUGCAGCAACAGUUACAGGAAUCUCAGCAAAUGCUUGGAAGACUUAUUCCAGAAAAACAGAUACUUAACGACCAAUUAAAACAAGUUCAGCAGAAUAGUUUGCACAGAGAUUCACUUCUUACACUCAAAAGAGCCUUAGAAGCAAAAGAACUAGCUCGGCAGCAGCUACGAGACCAACUGGAUGAGGUGGAGAAAGAAACUAGGUCAAAACUGCAGGAGAUUGAUAUUUUCAAUAACCAGCUGAAGGAACUAAGAGAAAUACAUAAUAAGCAGCAACUGCAGAAGCAAAAGUCCAUAGAGGCUGAACGACUGAAACAGAAAGAACAGGAACGAAAGAUCCUAGAAUUAGAAAAGCAAAAAGAAGAAGCCCAAAGACGAGCUCAGGAAAGGGACAAACAGUGGCUGGAGCAUGUGCAGCAGGAGGAUGAGCAUCAGCGGCCAAGAAAACUCCACGAGGAAGAUAAACUAAAAAGGGAAGACAGUGUCAAAAAGAAGGAUGGCGAGGAAAAAGGCAAACAGGAAGCACAAGACAAACUGAGUCGGCUUUUCCAUCCACACCAAGAACCAGCUAAGCCAGCUGUUCAAGCACCCUGGUCCACUGCAGAAAAAGGCCCGCUUACAAUUUCUGCACAGGAGAAUGUAAAAGUGGUGUAUUACCGAGCACUGUAUCCCUUUGAAUCCAGAAGUCAUGACGAAAUCACCAUCCAGCCUGGAGAUAUAGUCAUGGUGGAUGAAAGCCAAACUGGAGAACCCGGAUGGCUUGGAGGAGAAUUAAAAGGAAAAACAGGAUGGUUCCCUGCAAACUAUGCAGAGAAGAUUCCAGAAAAUGAGAUUCCUGCUCCAGCCAAACCAGUGACUGAUCCAACAUCUGCCCCUGCCCCCAAACUGGCUCUGCGUGAGACCCCCGCUCCUUUGGCAGUGACCUCUUCUGAGCCCUCCACAACCCCCAACAACUGGGCUGACUUCAGCUCUACGUGGCCCACCAGCACAAACGAGAAACCAGAAACGGAUAACUGGGAUGCUUGGGCAGCCCAGCCUUCUCUUACUGUACCCAGUGCUGGCCAGUUAAGGCAGAGAUCAGCCUUUACUCCAGCCACGGCCACUGGCUCCUCCCCAUCUCCUGUACUGGGACAGGGUGAAAAGGUGGAGGGGCUACAAGCGCAAGCCCUGUAUCCUUGGAGAGCCAAAAAAGACAACCAUUUAAAUUUUAACAAAAAUGAUGUCAUCACCGUCCUGGAACAGCAAGACAUGUGGUGGUUUGGAGAAGUUCAAGGUCAGAAGGGUUGGUUCCCCAAGUCUUACGUGAAACUCAUUUCAGGGCCCAUAAGGAAAUCUACAAGCAUGGAUUCUGGUUCUUCAGAGAGUCCUGCUAGUCUGAAGAGAGUAGCUUCACCUGCUGCUAAACCAGCUGUUUCAGGAGAAGAAUUUAUUGCCAUGUACACUUACGAGAGUUCUGAGCAAGGAGAUUUAACCUUUCAGCAAGGGGAUGUGAUUUUGGUUACCAAGAAAGAUGGUGACUGGUGGACGGGAACAGUGGGCGACAAGUCCGGAGUCUUCCCUUCUAACUAUGUGAGGCUUAAAGAUUCAGAGGGCUCUGGAACUGCUGGAAAAACAGGGAAUUUAGGAAAAAAACCUGAAAUUGCUCAAGUUAUUGCUUCAUAUACCGCCACUGGUCCUGAGCAACUUACCUUGGCCCCUGGUCAGCUAAUUUUGAUUCGAAAAAAGAACCCAGGUGGAUGGUGGGAAGGAGAGCUGCAAGCACGUGGGAAGAAACGCCAGAUAGGCUGGUUCCCAGCUAAUUAUGUCAAACUUCUAAGCCCUGGGACAAGCAAAAUCACUCCGACAGAGCUGCCCAAGUCAGCGGCAUUGCCGGCAGUGUGCCAGGUGAUCGGGAUGUACGAUUACACUGCGCAGAAUGACGACGAGCUGGCCUUCAGCAAGGGCCAGAUCAUCAACGUCCUCAACAAGGAGGACCCCGACUGGUGGAAAGGGGAAGUCAAUGGACAAGUGGGGCUCUUCCCAUCCAACUAUGUGAAGCUGACCACAGACAUGGACCCAAGCCAGCAAUGGUGUUCAGACUUACAUCUCUUGGAUAUGUUGACCCCCACUGAACGAAAGCGACAAGGGUACAUCCACGAACUCAUUGUCACAGAGGAGAACUACGUGAAUGACCUCCAGCUGGUCACAGAGAUCUUUCAGAAACCCCUGAUGGAGUCUGAGCUGCUGACAGAAAAAGAGGUUGCUAUGAUUUUUGUUAACUGGAAGGAGCUGAUUAUGUGUAAUAUCAAACUUCUGAAAGCGCUGAGAGUCCGCAAGAAGAUGUCUGGGGAGAAGAUGCCCGUGAAGAUGAUCGGGGACAUCCUGAGCGCCCAGCUGCCCCACAUGCAGCCCUACAUCCGCUUCUGCAGCUGCCAGCUCAACGGGGCUGCCCUGAUCCAGCAGAAGACGGACGAGGCCCCAGACUUCAAGGAGUUUGUGAAAAGAUUGGCAAUGGACCCUCGCUGUAAAGGGAUGCCGCUGUCUAGUUUUAUACUGAAGCCUAUGCAGCGGGUAACAAGAUACCCACUGAUCAUUAAAAAUAUCCUGGAGAACACUCCUGAAAACCACCCUGACCACAGCCACUUGAAACAUGCCCUGGAGAAGGCCGAAGAGCUGUGUUCCCAGGUGAAUGAGGGGGUGCGCGAGAAGGAGAACUCGGACCGGCUGGAGUGGAUCCAAGCCCAUGUGCAGUGUGAAGGCCUGUCGGAGCAACUGGUGUUCAAUUCAGUGACCAAUUGCUUGGGGCCACGCAAGUUCCUGCACAGUGGGAAGCUGUACAAGGCCAAGAGCAACAAGGAACUGUACGGCUUCCUUUUCAAUGACUUCCUCCUGCUGACCCAAAUCACCAAGCCCUUGGGGUCUUCCGGCUCGGACAAAGUCUUCAGCCCCAAGUCUAACCUGCAAUAUAAAAUGUACAAAACACCUAUUUUCCUAAACGAGGUUCUAGUAAAAUUACCCACUGACCCUUCUGGAGAUGAACCCAUCUUCCACAUUUCCCACAUCGACCGAGUCUACACCCUCCGAGCAGAAAGCAUAAAUGAACGGACUGCCUGGGUGCAGAAAAUCAAAGCUGCUUCUGAGCUCUACAUAGAGACUGAGAAAAAGAAGCGAGAGAAGGCGUACCUUGUCCGUUCCCAAAGGGCAACAGGCAUUGGAAGGUUGAUGGUGAACGUUGUGGAAGGCAUUGAGUUGAAGCCCUGCCGGUCACACGGAAAGAGCAACCCAUACUGCGAGGUGACCAUGGGCUCCCAGUGCCACAUCACCAAGACAAUCCAGGACACUCUGAACCCCAAGUGGAAUUCCAACUGCCAGUUCUUCAUCAGAGACCUGGAACAGGAGGUCCUGUGCAUCACCGUGUUCGAGAGGGACCAGUUCUCACCAGACGAUUUUUUGGGUCGGACCGAGAUCCGUGUAGCUGACAUCAAGAAAGACCAGGGUUCCAAGGGGCCAGUGACGAAGUGUCUGCUGCUGCACGAGGUCCCCACGGGAGAGAUUGUGGUCCGCCUGGACCUGCAGUUGUUUGAUGAGCCGUAAGGAGCGGCCUGGGCC